AUGGCGGACAUUAUUUCUGACGCCUUGGGAACUACCGCUGGCUACUCCGGCUGGGACUGGAACACAUCAACCUCCACCGAUGAGAGCUUCUCCGUGAUGCUCAUUGCCACGCGCGUGAGCUUCGUAGCUGCCAUGCUCGGAUUUUCUCUGGUGCGAAUGCAAGACUCACCCUCCGGAGUCAUGGGAAUUGCGUUCAAAGCGGUUUCAAAAAUCAUCCUUAUUGAUAACUACGCUCUGAUUAUGACAGUCAUCCUUCUUAUGCUCCAGUCAAUCUUCGCUUUGGUGCACGCCUUUCUUCUAUCGAAAUUUAGGAUCGAUUUGGGGUUGCUGCAACUCAUGGAGAUACGCGAGGCAGCAGGUAUACACGGGCCAAGCCUUUCAGGCUAUUGUGCCAAAUCUCACAGGAACACCAGCGAAGGCAAUAUGAAGAUCUCAAUCCGUGCCCGGGUGGAUACACCAUAUCUGGGAAUUUUGGAUUACAAGGGAGGACGUAUUCCAUUAGGUUGGCAUUAAGUUAGCAGAGAAGCAAAGUACGUCUGAACAGCCGGUUGUUCCAUGAACAAAUGAAAAUUGGAAGAACUUUCUGGUGGGAUUAUCAAAGUCCGGCUUCUCGACACCGUGGUGUCUAUUCGUUAUUGGGAUCAGGCUCCGCGAUAAACGCUCGAUAAGAUGCACUUAAUCUCGCCCUCGUAAGAUGUGAAGUUCUA